AUGUGUAAAGGUGGACCUCCGAGAUCAAGGACAACAACUGAAGGACCUGAAAUGGCAACAACCCAAGGACCGGAGAUGACAAUAUUCAAGCCAAUAUAUUAUGAGAUAGCGAAAACGAUUUUUAAUCCAUACAACUACUAUGUUAAGCCGGAACCAGACAUCCCAGAAUUUUACACGUAUCCUGAAACUGCGGAAACGAUUUUUAACCCAUACUACUACUAUGUUGAACCGGAACCAGACAUCCCAGAAUUUUACACGUAUCCUGAAACUGCGGAAACGAUUUUUAACCCGUACAACUACUAUGUCGAGCCGGAACCAGACAUCCCAGAAUUUUACACGUAUCCUGAAACUGCGGAAACGAUUUUUAACCCAUACAACUACUAUGUUAAGCCGGAACCAGACAUCCCAGAAUUUUACACGUAUCCUGAAACUGCGGAAACGAUUUUUAACCCAUACAACUACUAUGUUAAGCCGGAACCAGACAUCCCAGAAUUUUACACGUAUCCUGAAACUGCGGAAACGAUUUUUAACCCAUACAACUACUAUGUUAAGCCGGAACCAGACAUCCCAGAAUUUUACACGUAUCCUGAAACUGCGGAAACGAUUUUUAACCCAUACAACUACUAUGUUAAGCCGGAACCAGACAUCCCAGAAUUUUACACGUAUCCUGAAACUGCGGAAACGAUUUUCAACCCAUACAACUACUACCCAGAAUCAGAACCGACAAUUGCUUAUUAUUUUGAAUACAACGAAGACACCUCAACCAUAGAAGCUCAACCCACGACUUCUACAGUUUUCACCACUUCGGUGUCCAAUUUUAAAACUUUAACGACAAAGUUAUCAGGAUCAUCUGAUAGCAGUCUGUCUACUACCUUAUCAUCUGUCGCUUCAAACGACCCCACAGCGUUUAUCACUUCUCCAACAGAAUACUCUUCCGUCACCGUUCCUACUUCAAUUUCUGCUGAGCCGCCUUCAACAAUUUCGACCACUACCAAAAGGUCUCCUGUUCGCGUUACAGGUCGCUUUAUCGCAACAAGAAUGUACGCAAAACUUUUGAACGGAUAUGAUCCUCGAAUUCGCCCUGUACAAAAUCAAUCCAAGCCUGUCUAUGUUAACACACAAUUUGUGCCUAUGGCUCUGAUUGAAUUUGACACUUUUGAGCAAAGGCUAUCGAUGUUGGCGUAUUUCCGAAUACGUUGGACGGAUGAGCAAUUGAUGUGGCGUCCAAAACGCUACGGAUAUAUAGCUUUUAUGAGAACAUAUCUGCAUGAACUUUGGACUCCGAAUAUCAUUCUCCACAAGUCCUUUGACGGACAUGGUGGCGUUGGCAGUCCCGAAACGGACAUUUUGAUGAUUUCUUGGAACGGCAUUGUCCAGUGGGUACCAGAGGCUACAUACUCAGUUGUGUGUGACGUCGAUAUACAGUACUUUCCUUUUGACGAACAAACAUGCACGGUAACGUACUACGCUGCAGAUGAGACGGUGGACACCGUAGAGCUUGACCAUUACCUCGGUACCGACAUGUCUGAGUAUUCAGAGAAUCCGUCUUGGGUUAUUGUUGGGGCUUCACGCAAGCGCUACAUCAAGGACAAUAAUUGGUACAUCGAUGUAGAGUUUCGCCUGCAGAGGCGUGCCAAUUUCGCGACGUUCACAUUGAUAACUCCUCUCAUGAUGUUAGCCUUCCUAAACAUCUGCGUCUUUCUUGUACCCAUUGAUUCGGGUGAGAAAGGCUCGUUCUCGGUAACGAUUUUCUUAUCCUACGGAAUCUUCUUUACUGUGGUCAGCGACACCCUUCCCCAGAACUCAUUGCAGCUUUCGUUCUUCAUUCUGUUGGUUGUCGUAUUGCUUUGUCUCAGUGUAGUUUCGGUUUUCUACACGGUGAUCCAAGCUAAGCUCGUGUCGGCAAUUGGCUCCAAGCAGUGUCCUAUCACAUGUCUCCGCAACAUGCAACGGAUGAAUGUCAACAAGGUGACUCCCAUUGAACACUACAUCGAGACUGGCAGACAUGAUCCAGAGGACGAGUCUUAUACAUGGGAAGACUUUCUUAAACAGCUUGACACGUUUCUUUUCGUGUCGUUUCUGAUUGCUAUUCUUCUGAUUGCUGCGAUAUUUUUCGCCAUCCUUAUGCGUCAUGUUGGAACUGCCGGUAAUAUGUUUGACACUGACCCCGAGACCACCACACGAUCAACUCCUCUCACUACUGUCACCUCUGCCUAA